CCUAUUUUUAGUAUGACAUAACAAUGCAGUGACCUUUUUUAACUUCCGGUGAACUUCAGCGUGAUCGAAGAUUCGCCAAGGAGAACACGAUGGAAGAAUAUGUUCGAGAUCCAUGUCCCUACAGAAUUGUGGAUGACUGCGGAGGUGCCUUUGCUUUGGGUACGAUAGGAGGUAGUGUGUUUCAUUCCAUCCAAGGAUUUAGAAAUGCGGGUAAAGGAACCAAACUGAGAGGUGCUCUAACAAAGGUUGUAAGCAAUAGCCCAAGGACGGCAGGAAGUUUUUCCAUGUGGGGUCUAAUGUUCACGACAGCAGACUGCACGUUCGCUCACAUCCGAGGAAAAGAAGACCCCUGGAACUCCAUAAUGAGUGGCUUUACAACAGGCUUCAUCCUAGCUUUACCAAAUGGUUAUUGGGCAGCCACAGGGUCUGGUGUAGUAGGAGGAAUUUUACUAGGAAUGAUUGAAGGAAUCAGUAUCAUGAUGAACCGCAUGGCUGGGGAGGAAGCCUACAGAGAGAACGAUACCAACAGAAGGAUGUUUGAAGACCCCCAUGCAGAACCCCCUCCCCCAGAAACCCCUUCACUAGGCUCUGUGUUUGGAAUGUUCGGUCCACAGACUCAGACAAAUCAAUGACACAGUACUACUAGGAUUUUACUUGUGACCUUUUACCAUUGCCAUUCAUUUUGCUACAUUUUCAUCAUGUUGUGGAGAACAAAGAAUGAACAUUACUUUUUUCUGUUGAACAGAUGAAAACCAUCAUGUCAGCAAGACAUUUAUUUUGAUAUGUACUGUGUUGAUCGGAAUUCCCAAAGUCUUAUUCAGAUCUGUGUGAUUUUGAGUGAUAUACAGGGAGCCGUGUACUCUGUGAAGACAUGUUGAGAUGUUCCCGGUAUAAAUAAAAUUUGUAGGGACAUGAA